GUGUUUACCUCCAGAAUCAGGAUAAACCAGGUCCAUAGUCCUCUAUUGGGAAACCACAGCAAAAAGUUCGGGAGAUAUAAGUUCCUUUUUUCUCUCUGCUUCACCACAGAGCAGCUGAUUGACCAACGUUUACCUUCACAGAAAGGCUCCAGCAUCAAAGAUGGAGAAAAUCGUUUUUUUGGCUGUGAUGGUUUCAGCAUGUUUUGCAGUUCCUCAAGACUUGUCUGGAAAAGUGUUUGUUUUCCCCAAGGAGAACAACAAGGACCAUGUUAAACUCCUGACUACAAAAUCUGUGUUCAGCUCCUACACCGUCUGUCUCAGAUUCUUCACUGAUCUGUCAAGAACCUAUAGUCUCUUGUCCAUGGCGAUUCCCUCAGGAAGUAACGCCAUCGUGCUCUACAAGUUCGACCCUAAGGCCAUCAGAAUCCAUACCCUGGAGCCAGCUGCAGACUUCCUGUCGAUGCCGUUCCAAGUCAACACUUGGCACUCUCUGUGUGUCACCUGGGAGUCUAACAAGGGGUUGUCUCAGGUGUGGUUAGAUGGUAAACCAAGUGUGAAGAAAUUCAUUGUGUCAGGAGCACCCAUCAAUGGUAAACCUAUCACCGUUCUGGGUCAAGAACAAGAUUCUUACGGUGGAGGUUUUGAUGCCGCUCAGUCUUUCGUUGGUAUGAUUUCUGAUGUCCACAUGUGGGACCAUGUCCUGCCUCCCACUGAGAUCAAGAGCUACAUGAAUCACAAACACGUCACCGCAGGAAAUGUGUUCAGCUGGAGGUCCCUUGAUUUUGUAAUCACUGGGCUGGUGUUAGUUGAUGAUGCACCAGAUGAUAUGUAACAGGUUGUCAAACAGUGAUGGAUGUCCACCACUUAUUGUAACUUCAUUCACAACCUGAAUUAAUGCCAACAAAUAAAUGUCAGAACACUCAAA